AGCCCAACGCGUCCGCAAGCCCCCCCACGAGUCGGACCCCACCACUUGCAGCGGGGGGGAGGACAACUGCGACUCCCGUUCCCACCUCAGCGGUACCGAGGCUGCUCCCCCCCCUCUCCUGCCCCUUCCCGAUCCCAAUCCCGAUCCCGAUCCCGAUCCCGGACCCAGCCGCAAACGUUCCCGAGCUUCGGAUGACUCCGAACCCGAAACGGGCCCCGAUGGAGGAGGAGGAGGAGGAGGAGGAGGAGGAGGAGGAGGAAGAGGAAGCCCUGAGCCCGCUCUGGAGCCUGGAGCCGCUGAGAUCGAGCUGGUGUUCAGAGCGCACCCCCUCCUGGUGGACAAGGGGGAUUACAGCCAGACGCGUUACGUGAAGACCACCUCCAACGCCACGGUUGAUCACCUCUCCAAGUACCUGGCGCUGCGCAUCGCCCUAGAGGAGAGCGCGGGGGGCGGGGCUCCGCCGGGGGGCGGGGCCUCCCUGCCCCACGUCAGCGAGAAGCAGUACACCAUCUACAUCCCCACGCCCGCCGGCGCCUUCACGACCCUCAAUGGAUCCCUCACGCUGGAGCUGGUCAAUGAGAAGUACUGGAAGGUCAGCAAGCCCCUGGAGCUCUACUACGCCCCCACCAAGGAGCAGAAGUAGGGG